GUUUCCGGGAACAUGUUCGGUAACUAAGGUGAGGUGAGUGACACAGAAGCUGCACAGGUAACAGAACCCGAGUUUCUCCACUUAUUCCAUAUUUGUAGUUCAAGGUAGCAGGUAAAACAGCUGAGCGUGUCCAGGUGAGCCUCAGGUGUGACUGACUGCAGAUAUGUUGCUGCCUCUCCUGCUGCGGCCGCCUCUCUGCCAUGCUCAGGCUUCCGGAUUAUUCACAGGAUGUGUCCGGAUGCUUCACUGCGGCGCUCCUCAGGGGCUCCGCUUUCAGGCUGAGAAAUUCCUGCAGCGGCGACGUCCUCACCGCCUCCACGCUCGGGGGCGGAGCAGGAGGAGCCAGAACCAGGAGGAGGAGUGGAGGAGCAGGAACAAGACGGUGCUGACGUACAUCGCUGCUGCCGGUGUGGGAAUGAUCGGCCUGGCGUACGCCACAGUGCCGCUGUAUCGACUCUACUGCCAGGCGACAGGGCUCGGGGGCACGGCGGUGGCCGGGCACGACACAGAGCAGGUGGCAACGAUGACGCCGGUGAAGGAGCGCGUCAUCAAGGUGACGUUCAACGCCGACACGCACGCCAGCAUGCAGUGGAACUUCAGACCGCAGCAGACGGAGAUCUUUGUGGUUCCAGGUGAGACGGCGCUGGCCUUCUACAGAGCCAAGAACCCCACAGAUAAACCCAUCAUCGGCAUCUCCACCUACAAUGUGGUACCCUUUGAUGCAGGGCAGUACUUUAACAAGAUCCAGUGUUUCUGCUUCGAGGAGCAGCGUCUGAACCCUCACGAGGAGGUGGACAUGCCCGUCUUCUUCUACAUCGACCCAGAGUUCGACAGCGACCCCCGGAUGGCCCGAGUGGACACCAUCACACUGUCCUACACCUUCUUCGAGGCCAAAGAGGGUCAGAAACUUCCUCUGCCCGGAUACAGCUACAACUGAGCGGCAGGAAGUGGACUCUGUGUUUCUCAGAGGAAAUGAUGGAAAAUUGUUUGGAUAAUCCAAGUCUGACUUCAGACAGACGAGUCCUUUAGGGCACGAUCAGAAAGCUUUCCUGCCGCGAUGUUCUGCUGGGUGAGAAAUAAAAACAGAACCGAGUCUAAACGAGUCGAAGCUUCGAGUGAUAAAAAUGUUUCAAAGGCCUGAAGACACAUUCAUAAAUGCUGGAUGACCUCACAGGCUUUCCGCCAAAUGUAAAGAAUUGAGAACUACGUUUUUUUAUGUUUUAUGUUUGAGCACAAAUCAUCUAAAACCAUAAAAGAUCACAUCAGAAGUGUGUAAUAACAUUUCCAGUGUGUUCAGAAAGGAUUCAGAGCCCUUCAGUUUUUCCAGUGUUAUGCAGCAACUCAGUGCUACAAUUGUUUAAAUCAGUCUUUUCCUCAUUAAUCUACACUCAAUACACCAAAACAACAAAUUGAAAAAAGAAUUUUAGGAUUUUUUUGUCAAUUUAUUUAAUAAAAACAAAAACUAAUAUAUCACAUUUCCAUAAGUAUUCAGAGCCUUUGUGUGCUUAGUGGACGCACCUUUGUCAGUACAUCCUCGAGUCUUUCUGAUUAUAAUGCAAAAAGCUUUGUACUCCCUUCACUGAAGGAAUUUUGCCAUUCUUUGGAAAUCAGUCAGGUUGGAUGGGGACUGUCGGUGGACGGACGUUUUCAGGUCUCUGUGGAGAUGUUCAGCAGGGGUCAAACCUGGGCUCUGGCUGGGCCACUCCAGGACAUCCACAGCCACUCCUGUGUUGUCUUCGCUGUGUGCUUAGUGCCGCCAUGUUGGGAGGGAAACCUUCUCCCCAGUCUGAGGUCCUGAGACCUGAGGAGCAGUUUUCAUCCCUGACCAGUCUCCCAGUCCCCCACAGCAUGAUGAUGCCACCACCGUGCUUCACUAUUGGGCUGGUGCUGGGCAGCUGAUGAGAUGGUUUCCUGCAGAUAUAAUGUUUAGAACUGAGGCCAAAUAGUUCAGUCUUACAUUAGUCCAGAGGAUCUUAUUCCUCACAGUCUGAGAGUCCUUCAGGUGCUUUUGUGCAAACUCCUUUCUCGCAGUGUUUUCCACUGAGGAGAGGCUUCUGUCUCCACUCUGCAAUAAAGGCCAGAUCAGAGGAGUCACAUCUCCACAGGAUCUCUGGCGCUCAGAGUGACCAUCAGGUUCUUGGUUGUCGCUUUCAUGAAGCCUCUUCUCGCUUGUUUUGCUCAGUUUGUCUGGGCAAGCGGCUCUUGGAAGAAUCCUGGUUGUGCUAAACGUCUUCCAUCUCAGUUAUGAAGGCUGCUGUGCUUCUGGAAACCUUCAGAGCAGCAGAAAUUUUUUGUAGCCUUUCUCAGAUCUGUGCAUUGCAUCAACCCCGUCUCUGAGCUCUGUGGGCAGUUCCUUUGACCUCAUGGCUUCAUCUUUGCUCUGGUAUCAGCUGUGGCCUUUUAUACAGAGGUGUGUGUCUUUCUAAGUCACAUCCAGUCAAUUUAUCCAUUCAGUCAAGCUGUAGAAACAUCUCAGCAACAAUCAGGAGAACUGGGAGCACCUGAGCUAAAUUUCAAGCGUUUUUGCAAAAGACCUGAAUACUUAUGUAACUGUGAUAUUUCAGGUUUUCUAUUAAGUUUAUUCACAGAAAGUCCUAAAAUUCCAUUUUCAGUUUGUCAUUCUGGUGCACUGAAUGUAGCUUAAUGAGUUUAAGUGACUGUAACAUCAGGCUGCAGCAACACAACACUGACUGGUCUGAAUCCUCUGUGAACAGCUGAUAUCUUCAGUUUUUUUCUUUGAGUUCAAACAUUUUAAUGUUUAAAGGCAGGAGGGGAAAAAACAACAGAUCAUUCUUACCUGUGUGUGUCUACAGUACACGUACACAUAUACAGGUACACAUUUAAACUGACUUGCACUGUAUGUGUCAACCUGUACCUGUCAGGACAACUAUAUAAAUAUAGUAAAUUAAAAUAUUGAAUAUAAUAAAAGAGAACAUCUUGCUGAAUACAUGCAGUACAUGUUUACGUUUCUGUGUAUUCUUACAUAUUGUAGUGUUUUGACUUGUAU